AUGGCCAGCGACGGUCAGGAGCACCUGGGCUCGGCACUGCAGAAGCGCCAAUUCAAACCCUUCCCGGGGCCCCCGCCCAACUCGGGCCCGCCGCUGCGCAUCCUGCCCAUUGGCGGGUUGGGGGAGAUCGGAAUGAACUGCAUGUUGGCCGGCGUGCGGGAUCGUUACGUGGUGAUUGAUGCGGGCCUUAUGUUUCCCGACUUCUCCGACCUGGGCAUGCAGAAGAUCCUGCCCGACACGGACUUCCUGGCCCAGUGGAAGGACCGCAUCGAGGCGCUCAUCAUCACACACGGCCACGAGGACCACAUCGGAGCUCUGCCCUGGGUGGUUCCCGCACUGGACCCGGGCACGCCCAUCUUCGCGUCCUCCUUCGUGAUGGAGCUCAUCAAGCGGCGGCUGACGGAGUACAGCUUGUGGGACGAAAAGAGGUUCAUCAAGUUCGACAUGCGGCAGAAAUUCCAGGCGGGGCCGUUCGAGAUUGAACCUGUUCGAGUGACUCACUCCAUUCCCGACUGCUGCGGUCUCAUCAUGCGGAGCAGCGAGGGAACCCUCGUACACACGGGCGACUGGAAGAUCGACGAGCAUCCCCUGGACGGCGAGCAGUUCGACCGGGGGCUGUUCUCCGCUCUGGCCUCCGAGCGAGUGGCCCUCAUGAUGAGCGAUUCCACGAAUGUGCUGUCACCGGGCAGGACACUCAGCGAGCAGGUGGUUCACGACUCCAUCGUGGAUAAGGUGUUGCAACACAACGGCAAGGGCCGCGUCAUUUGCACCCAGUUCGCAUCCAACGUGCACCGCCUGUACGGCGUCAAGCGGGCCGCGGACGCAUCAGGCCGCAAGGUCUGCUUCGUGGGCGCCUCCCUGUCCCUCUACCUGGAGGCCUCCUGGCGGGAUGGUCGGGCGCCCUUCGACCCCAAGGAGCUGGUGCAGCCCGAGGAGCUCAGACAUAUGGACCCCAACCAGGUCCUCAUCGUCACUACGGGUUCCCAGGGGGAGCCCCGUGCGCAGCUGUGUAUGGCGGCUAGGGAGGAGUCGCGGGUCCUCAAGAUUCAGCCAAAUGAUCUGGUGCUAUACAGCGCCAAGGUAAUUCCGGGUAACGAGGGCAAGGUGUCCAAGAUGCUCAACGCGCUGGCGGCCCAAGGGGCCCGUGUACGACAGAGCCGUGGUGAUAACCUGCACACGUCAGGUCACGCGUACCAGGACGAGCUCGUGGAGGUGUUGCAAUCUGUACGGCCGCAGCACUUCCUUCCCGUACAUGGCGAGUACGCAUUCCUCACGGAGCACGCACUGCUGGCGAAGGAGAAGGCGGGAGUCAACUUUGUGGAGGUGUGUGUGUGUGUGAACAUAUGUCAAACAUGGGGAUUUAAGAACGUGUAUGUGUGCCUAUGUAUGUGA